AUGUUUACUCAUGUUCCCAUCCACUCCUCCCCCAAACCCAGUUUCUACUUAGUAUGGGCCAUAAACCUUACUAGCACUUUGACCUGCAUGUUCACAAAUGAGAGCAGACUUUGUCCCAGAUUCAGGAAUUACAGAAUCCCUACAGUAGCAUUCCCCAAACUUCCUGCCAAGACUGUGCUGAUAAACAUCUAUGACCCCAGCAAAUGCAUUUUUAUUACCAAACUUUUAAACCCCUCCAUCUCCUGUUUUUGUUUUCAUUUCUCUCAUCCUUUCCCUUUUUAUCUAGUCCCAGGACUCAAGUCACUUCACCUUUCAGCAUUAUUACUCUUUAUAAUGUACAAAACUCCCAAAAGACCACUGCAUCUUCAACACCAAGAUGGUAAAUAUCAUGAUAAAGCUCAUAUGAAAAUCAGAAAUUGA